AUGAAUAAUAGAGUAUGGUUGAUUACUGGUGCCUCAAGAGGUCUUGGUCUAUCAAUGGUAUUGUCCCUAUUGUCAAAGGGUCAAACUGUCGUGGCAACCACAAGGAACAAACAAUCAUUAUGUGAUGCAAUCAAACAACAUCAACCUGAUGGCACAUCUGAUGCUGACUCUACAAGUUCAAGAUUGUUAACUCUCGAGGUCGACUUGAAAUCCGAGACAAGCAUCAAAUCGGCAAUAGACACUGCCCUGGCGACUUACGGUCGAAUCGACGUCAUUGUCAACAACGCUGGCUAUGCCGUCGUGGGCACUGUCGAGGAGAUGACCGACGCCGAGUUCAGAGCACAGUUUGACAUCAAUCUGUUUGCUGUGGCCAGUGUCAUGAGAUUGGCCGCACCGGUACUGCGCGCGCAACGCAGUGGCUACGUGAUCAAUGUGUCGUCCGUGUCUGGAUUCUCGGGCGAUGUGCCAGGCAUUGGCGCAUACACCUGCUCCAAGUUUGCCCUUGACGGUUUGACCGAGGCCUUUGCCGCCGAGAUGCGUCCAUUUGGCGUGAGAGUGUCCACCAUCAAUCCAGGACACUUUAGAUCAUCGUUCCUAGAGUCCAACUCAUUGGUGUUUGCCAAGGACAUCAUGCCAUGCUACCAACAGGUGCAUGACAAUCACACUCAGUACCUGGCGGCAUUCAACAACAAUCAGUCGGGCGAUCCCGCCAAGUUGGUGGAGGUGCUGAUCAAGAUGGUCGAGAGUGAUGUCGCCACCACACCAAUCCACGUGUUCAUCGGCAAGGACAGCUAUGACAAUGCCAAGAACGUCCUUAGUCGCUACCACAACGAGCUAGAUCAAUGGGAGCACAUCGCAGCCAACACAGACUACGAGAAGAAGGAGUAA